UGGUGAAGUGCGUGCUUGUGCGUGCUUGACAAGUGUUCGCGGUUGGCUUCCUCAGUGUGGGAGUAACAUCGUGUAGGAGAGGUGGAACCCGUAAAAUUGUAGUUUGCGUGGUGGCUGGUAAGAUUUGUUGCGGUAAGAAGUUUGCAUGGUGGUAAAAUGUGUUGUGAGUCUGCACAGGUAGCCGGAGGUGAGACUUCCGCGGUCGCGGCCCACCCAGUCCGCAAGAACCGGGCAGAUCGCCUCGACGGUACGGUGGCCGGCCGACGGGUCCGCCAAACGACGAGACCACGCCUCCAGCACGGACUGCCGAGAUUGGAGCCCCCGCGCUCCGGCUGCACUUGCGCUAGGGCGCGCCGCCUCGUAGGAGACUGUGAGGUUAACCAUCACACGAGGACGUGUACAAUCAGGAAGGCCGUGUCGCAUUCGACACGUGAUUGCUGCAGCCAAUACGAGAUAUGGGACGCAAACGCCGUCCGUCGGCGCUCGAUGGGUCAACUAUUCACCGGCCGAGCGGAGCAACGUGCCGGUAGCUGCGUAAUAUCGGGCAAUUUUGGUAAAUAAGAACAAUCUGGUGAGUCGUAUUAUUUUUAUUUGGAUUCUGGUGCCGAAUGCUCUCUUGUCAAGAAAUCUAUUAGUAGUAGCUUCAUAAUUCAGCAAUUUUAUACGAUGGUUCUCAUAAAAGGUUUCUGUUGUUUUGACUCAAAACUGUACGGAACAAAUCCUAUGCGAUGGUUUAUUGCUUACCUAUUGUAUGUCAUGUACUACCUGAUAGUUGUUUUAAUCGGUUCAGUGAGAUUGAGCAUUCAGCGAAAUAGAACACUUAAAUCUAGUGUCCUUAGUCGAAGCCCAGACUUGCGUUAUUGAUGACCAAGCUCGCGAUGAGCUCAUGGAAUUGUUCUUGACAAGAAGUGCUAGAAGCCGUACAUCUUUUGAAGUGAAAACUUCUUUAGAAUCGUUGUGAUUUCAAACCGGAUGCAACGAAAAAAAAAAACAACAGGUAAGAGACACAAAUACAAAAAUGUGUAGGAUGAAGCCAGCAAAGAAUGAGACAGAAAUAUACAACAUACUAUUUAA